AUGCAGAUCAAAGUCGAGGAUCCCCCCAAAAUAGUCCUUAAGGGUACCCCAAGAGAGAUUGGCCUUGAACAUGGCCGUCAGCUCCGACAACAUAUCCACAGGCAGCUAGACGUCUACGAGGAGAUGUUCCAGUAUACUGCCAACAUGUCCUGGGAUGCUGUCCGUGGGCUGGCUGAGGAAUUCCGCGUGGCCUCGGAGCAAAACACUCCUGAUAUCUACGCCGAAAUGCAGGGAAUCGCAGAAGCCACGGGACGGGAUAUCUUGGAUAUCGUGGCCCUGAACUGUCGCAGUGAGAUCUCCAUGGGGAGUUUCUCCGAUGGCUGCACAAGUCUCUCGUGGAAGAAGGAUGAUGCCCGGGUUCUGGCGCAGAAUUGGGAUUGGACCGGCAUGGUGAAAGAGAAUAUUGCGUUGAUGUCCAUCGAGCAAGUGGGCAAGCCGAAGAUCUACAUGGUUACCGAGGCCGGUAUUGUAGGAAAGAUUGGAUUUAAUAGUUCUGGCGUCGGAGUCUGUCUCAAUGCUAUCAAGGCGCAUCCCUGUAUCAGCUCCAAAGUGCCUAUCCAUAUGGCGCUUCGUCUGUGUCUCGAGAGUACCUCUGUGGAAAACGCGGUGCAAGCCAUUGCCUCCCUGGGAGGAAUAGCCACUAGUGCACAUAUAUUGGUUGCUGAUAGCACGACAUCUCUGGGACUCGAGCUAUCGCCUCUGGGAGAUGUGCAUCUGCGGGAGAACGAGAGCGGAAUUAUCACCCAUGCUAACUAUUUCCUUAAGAACCGUCAUGUGGUGGAGCCCAACUGGGCACCCAGUUCUCCCAUCCGACAGGAUCGAAUCGACCAGCUGACGAGUGAGAUGGUUCGAGAAGGGAUCCAAGGAGACAGCCUCACGCCGUCGCUGCUGCGCGAGACCAUAUUCUCUGAUACCUCCAAUGCACCCAAUUCCAUCUGUGCCUGCUACGAGGAUCUGAAUAAACACCGUACGAUUCGGAGUAUUACUUUGUUUAAUAUCGUCAUGAUCCUGCAAGCAUAUAGCCCAGAAGCGGAGGUAGUCAUUGGACAGCCGGGGACUACCGAAGCGCAUUCCGUUAUCAAAAUGCCCUGGAAUUAA